CGGAGCUGGAGUGAACUGCUCCCGCCGGCUGCCCGGGCUCAGAUCCUAAACCGGCGCUGAGCAACGUGCCCACCAGGAUCAUGGGUUCCAUGUUCCGGAGUGAAGAGGUGGCCUUGGUCCAGCUCCUGCUGCCCACAGCGGCUGCCUACACCUGUGUGAGCCAGCUGGGUGAGCUGGGCCUCGUGGAGUUUAGAGACCUCAACGCAUCCGUGAGUGCCUUCCAGAGGCGCUUUGUGGUGGAUGUCCGGCGCUGCGAGGAGCUAGAGAAGACCUUCACCUUCUUACAGGAAGAAGUACAGCGGGCUGGCCUGACACUGCCCCCACCUGAGGGGACACUGCCAGCACCACCUCCCCGAGAGCUGCUGCGAAUCCAGGAGGAGACAGACCGCCUGGCCCAGGAGCUUCGGAAUGUUCGAGGCAACCAGCAGGCACUGCGGGCCCAGCUGCACCAGCUGCAGCUCCACUCAGCUGUGCUCAGCCAGAGCCACGGCCCCCCGAUGGCAGCUGCCCACACUGAAGGACCCUCCUCUGAGAGAACACCCCUGCUUCCAGACGCUCGGGGGCCACAUGCAGACCUGAAGGUCAACUUUGUGGCAGGUGCUGUGGAGCCCUACAAGGCUGCUGCCCUGGAGCGCCUGCUCUGGAGAGCCUGCCGCGGCUUCCUCAUUGCCAGCUUUCGGGAGACGGAGGGGCAGCUGGAGGACCCGGUGACGGGUGAGCCUGCAACUUGGAUGACCUUUGUCAUCUCCUACUGGGGUGAGCAGAUCGGUCAGAAGAUCCGAAAGAUCACAGACUGCUUCCACUGUCACGUCUUCCCUUACCUGGAGCAAGAGGAAGCCCGGCAUGCCGUGUUGCAGCAGCUGCAGCAGCAGAGCCAGGAGCUUCAGGAGGUCCUGGGGGAAGCAGAACGAUUCCUGAGCCAGGUGUUGGGCCGGGUACAGCAGCUGCUGCCACCAGGGCAGGUGCAGAUCCGCAAGAUGAAGGCUGUGUACUUGGCUCUCAAUCAGUGCAGUGUGAGCACCACCCACAAGUGCCUCAUUGCCGAGGUGUGGUGUGCCACGCGGGACCUGCCCACCCUCCAGCAGGCGCUCCAGGAUGGCUCAAGCGAGGCAGGAGUGAGUGCUGUCGCUCACCGCAUACCCAGCCGGGACAUGCCUCCGACCCUCAUCCGGACCAACCGCUUCACCGCCAGCUUCCAGGGCAUUGUGGAUGCCUAUGGUGUGGGCCGCUACCGAGAAGUCAACCCUGCUCCUUAUACCAUCAUCACCUUCCCCUUUCUCUUCGCUGUGAUGUUUGGUGACGUGGGUCACGGACUGCUCAUGUUUCUCUUCGCCUUGGCCAUGGUCCUCACGGAGAACCGGCCAGCCGUGAAAGCCGCACAAAAUGAGAUCUGGCAGACCUUCUUCGGGGGGCGCUACUUACUCUUGCUCAUGGGUCUGUUCUCCAUCUACACUGGCUUCAUCUACAACGAGUGUUUCAGCCGCGCCACUACCAUUUUCCCCUCGGGCUGGAGUGUGGCCGCCAUGGCCAACCAGUCAGGCUGGAGUGACGAGUAUCUGUCCCAGCAUCCCAUGCUCACCCUGAACCCCAACAUCACCGGUGUCUUCCUGGGACCGUAUCCCUUUGGCAUUGACCCGAUCUGGAGCCUGGCUACCAACCACCUGAGCUUCCUCAACUCUUUCAAGAUGAAGAUGUCUGUCAUCCUUGGGGUCACCCAUAUGGCCUUCGGGGUGUUUCUCAGCAUCUUCAACCACAUGCACUUUGGCCAGGCGCACCGGCUCCUGCUAGAGACCUUGCCCGAACUCAUCUUCCUGCUGGGCCUCUUUGGCUAUCUUGUGUUCCUCAUUGUCUACAAGUGGCUGCAGGUCUCAGCUGCCAGCGCCUCCACGGCUCCCAGCAUCCUCAUCCACUUUAUCAAUAUGUUCCUCUUUGCCCAAAGCCCAACCAAUCAGCCACUCUUCCAUGGGCAGGAAGUGGUACAGUAUGUGCUGGUGGUCCUGGCUUUGGCCACCGUUCCUAUCCUGUUGCUGGGCACACCCUUGUACCUGCUGCGGCAGCACCAUCACAGAAAUACUCAGAGAAGGCCGGUAGGCCAACAGGACAAGGACAGCGACAAGCUUCUGGCCUCCUCCGAUGCUUCCACCUCGGAGAAUACCUGGAGCCCUGAUGAGGAGAAGGCUGGGAUCCCAGGGGAUGAUGAGGAAGCUGAGUUUGUCCCCUCUGAGGUCUUUAUGCACCAGGCCAUCCACACCAUUGAAUUCUGCCUGGGCUGCAUCUCCAACACAGCCUCCUACUUGCGUCUCUGGGCCCUGAGCCUAGCCCAUGCCCAGCUAUCUGAGGUCCUGUGGGCCAUGGUGAUGCGCAUAGGCCUGGGUAUGGGUCGAGAGAUGGGCGUGGCAGCAGUGGUGCUGGUCCCUGUGUUUGCUGCCUUUGCUGUGUUGACUGUGGCCAUCUUGCUAGUGAUGGAAGGGCUCUCAGCCUUCUUGCAUGCCCUGCGGUUGCACUGGGUGGAGUUCCAGAACAAGUUCUACUCAGGUACUGGCUACAAGCUCAGUCCCUUCACCUUCACUGUGGACAAUGAGUAAAUCCACCGUGAUCCCUGCCUCUCCAAAUCGGGAAAGGAAUAAAGAACUGGCUGGCCCAGG